AUGUCGAAUCCACCGGAUAGGCCAUGGUCCGAGGAGGAGAAGUACUUCUUGCUCACGGAGAUUCUCAAGAGAGCUGGAGUCUCAUCCAACUUCUUAUUGGGGGGAUAUUCCUCUUCCGCCAGAAUCAAUGGCACCAAGUUUGAAUAUCUAAUUGUUUUAAUUCCUUCCCGUCCAGGUCGAUCUAUGAAUUCGUGCAGAACUGCUUUCAACAAUAUGCAAGCGCAAUACCAACCGUAUUCAUCAACACCCACAAUACCUGCAGUACCAACAAUGCCAACAAUGCAAACCAUUGCGCCAGCUCCAGCAUCAAUUCAGAUGCCUCGUCCCGAAGUGACUAGGUCAUCAGCACCACCCGUGGAUCCCAACCUGCGCAAACGACCAUUGUAUCCAGCCGAUAAGCCACGCGCCAUUCAACCAAGACCCCCUGCUAGUGUCGCCUCAUAUAGCAGUGAAAGUGGUACCUCGGCUCAGCUCUCUCCCAAACUAGAAGGCAAUCCAGGUGAACCCCCGCGCAAACGAGGACGACCCAGUAAAGCGGAAACGGAACGGCGCAAACUUGCGGCGGAAGCCCGCGGCGAGACCUAUCCACCACCACGAAGAUCAGGAUCCGGUCGACUCAAAAUUCCGGGCCCCGGUAGUCCGGCCGUGGCAAUUGCUUCAUACACUCAUGCGCACGCGCAUCCACACGCUCACGCAAAUAUUCCGCACUUGGCACAUGGACCAGGUCCUGGCUCUAUGCCCUUUGAUCAUUCCGCGCGACCCAUUGCGCCUGCGCCAGGUCUACAAGCAACAACAGAAGAGCGUCGUGAACUACCAAAUAUGCCUAGCCGUGUCAUGGGUCCUAAUCUGAGAGAAUUGCCUCGUCCACCGGAAAUCAAUCAUCCGUUACCGUCACCACAUGCGCUACAGCUGGGUCCGCCGGAUUCUAUCCUCCGGUUUAACAGUAAUCCUGGUGAGCGCGGUGUGUAUAGCGCCAUUCCACAGGAUCGAUUCUCGCCAGAUAGUAGCCGCCGAGACUCAGUUGCUAGUCGGGGUGAUCCAAACCCGCAAGGUCCUUACUCAGAAGGACGGGCCAGUACCACGCCUGGUGAAAAACCUCGAUAA